CUGCCCAACGUUCGUGAGCCGGAGGCGGCUUCUCGGUUGUUGGGGCGUGUGUAUGUGUGUUUGGGGGAAUUAAGGGGUACGCGGGGGGCGAAACAGAGGCCAUGGCAGCAGCGGAGGAGGAGGACGGGGGCCCCGAAGGGCCAAACCGCGAGCGGGGCGGGGCGGGCGCGACCUUCGAAUGUAAUAUAUGUCUGGAGACCGCUCGCGAGGCUGUGGUCAGUGUGUGUGGCCACCUGUACUGUUGGCCCUGUCUUCAUCAGUGGCUGGAGACCCGGCCGGAGCGGCAAGAGUGCCCAGUGUGUAAAGCUGGGAUCAGCAGAGAAAAAGUUGUUCCCCUUUACGGGCGCGGGAGCCAGAAGCCCCAGGACCCCAGAUUGAAAACCCCACCCCGUCCCCAGGGCCAGCGACCAGCUCCAGAGAGCAGAGGGGGAUUCCAGCCAUUUGGUGACACCGGGGGCUUCCACUUCUCAUUUGGUGUUGGUGCUUUUCCCUUUGGCUUUUUCACUACUGUCUUCAAUGCCCACGAGCCAUUCCGUCGGGGUACAGGUGUGGAUCUGGGACAGGGUCACCCGGCCUCCAGCUGGCAAGACUCCCUCUUCUUGUUUCUUGCCAUCUUCUUUUUUUUCUGGCUGCUCAGUAUUUGAGCUGUGUCUCUUCCUGCCCACCUCCAGCCAGAGGAGAAUCAGUAUUGGGGGUCCCUGCUGACCCUUCCUUACUCCUGGACCCUCCCCUCCAGCCUCUCCAUUCCUGUUGAUGAAGCUCACUCUCCAGGAGUGGGUGGGGAGUGACAUCUGUGUACAGGAUGGAAAACCUGCUCUGAACUGCUCACUCGGUAGCAUCAUGACUCUCAGUUCUGGGAGCGGAGGACAGGCUGAAGACGUCUGUUCCUCCUCUCUUGAUCCUUUGCUUCCCCCCAGAUUUCUUGAUUUGCUGUUCAAAGGUGGGCAGGGUUCCUUCUGACUCCCCCACGUUCCUUUGUUGAUUAAUUUAAUUCUCCUUGGCCUAGUGUCUUUUAUGGGCCCGACUCUUACAUGCUUCCUGCCCCUCACUACCUCCUUUAUUACAAAUUCAAUAAACAAGAUGAAAUGUAUU